AUGGCAAAAUCAGAGGAGGUAGAAGCUUUUGGAUGGGCAGCUAGAGACCCGUCCGGUGUUCUCUCUCCCUUUAAGUUUUCAAGAAGGGCUACUGGUGAUAAGGAUGUGAGGUUGAAAGUAUUGUAUUGCGGGAUUUGUCACUUUGAUCUUGAGAUGAACAAGAACGAAUGGAGUGCUACAGUAUAUCCAAAUGUCCCAGGGCAUGAGAUUGUGGGUAUAGUAACAGAAGUGGGUGCCAAGGUACAAAAAUUCAACAUUGGAGACAAAGUGGGUAUUGGAUCCGUGAUUGGAUCAUGUCGGAAAUGUGAGAAUUGCAUUAACAAUUUCGAAAAUUAUUGCUCUGCACACCAACUCACAGACAGUCCUCCACCACCCUACAAAGAUGGAACCACCAACUAUGGGGGCUACUCUGACCACAUGGUCGUUGAUGAACACUUUGUGCUUCGAUGGCCAGAAAAUUUGCCUCUUGAUUCUGGUGCUCCCCUUCUAGGUGCUGGAAUAAUAACUUACAGCCCUUUGAGAUAUUUUAAACUCGACAAGCCAGGUAUGCAUGUUGGGGUGGUAGGUCUCGGAGGGAUUGGUCAUCUAGCUGUGAAAAUUGCAAAGGCUUUUGGGGUUAAAGUCACAGUGAUUAGUACAUCCCCAAAAAAAAAGGAUGGAGCUAUUAAAUAUCUUGGUGCUGACUCGUUUUUGGUCAGUAACGACUCAGAUCAAAUGCAGGCUGCAGCGGAGACAAUGGAUGGUAUCAUUGAUACUAGCUCUGCAGUUCAUCCUCUUUUACCGUUGAUUAAUCUAUUGAAACCCCAUGGAAAGCUUGUUAUAGUUGGUGCUACAGAAGAGCCUCUAGGUCUACCAGUGUGUCCAAUGAUUAUUGGUCGGAAGAUAGUGGCUGGGAGUGCCAUUGGUCGGAAGAUAGUGGCUGGGAGUGCCAUUGGUGGGAUAAAGGAGACCCAAGAAAUGCUUGAUUUUGCUGCAAAACACAACAUUACAGCCGAUGUGGAGGUUAUUUCUAUGGACUACGUGAACACUGCAAUGGAGCGGCUUCAGAAAGGACAUGUCCGCUACCGAUUUGUACUCGAUGUUGCAAACACAUUGAAGGCCUCUUAA